AUGUGGGGAGUGUUAGUAAGCGGUAUAGUGCUUUUUCCCGGCCUGUUUCUGGCCUUAAGGAAAACCCUACCGGUUGUUUUUAAGCGCUGGAGCGACGCGGACGUGGUUCUGGUAAGCGAGAGGCUGGUCUCCUCUCUUCAUGCUAUUAUGGCCACCACGGCUGGGAUCAUCGUGGUGUCCUCUUGCAGGGAGAACGUGAUAACAGACAGGCACUGGCUAGCCACCUCAUUUGUCCUCAGGUACGGAGUACCCUACAUGGCUUAUGACAUCUUCGCCAUGUACCUGAGCCAUUACUACCGUUUCUAUGUCAAAGGUCAUGAGGAUUACAAAGGGCACUCUCUGAGGACGCUCAGCUUAUUUGUGAGGAAAGAGUUCCUGCUGGUUCUCCAUCACAUCGCACUCCUGUCCAUCCUGCUACCUAUCACACUGUUUUGCAGGAACGACCAAGGUGAUUUUUUCAUUGGCUGCCUCUUCCUUACAGAGAUCAGCACACCGUUUGUCUCCCUGGGCAAAAUUCUUAUUCAGCUGGGUUUGCAGGAGUGCUGGCUGCACAAACUGAACGGUUGCAUGGUGCUGCUGAGCUUCUUCCUGUGCCGCAUCUCACUCUUCCCCUAUAUGUACUGGGUGUACGGAGUGCACUACGGCCUUCCAGUCUACUCUGUACCACUCCACAUCCCAAUCUACACCAACCUGGGAAACCUGUGCAUCCUCGCUCCACAGGUCUACUGGUUUGUCCUGCUCUGCCUUAAAGGCUACCGGCUCUACAAGCGGCAAAAUCCUGCCAACAACCAGGACUUCUCACAUCAUAACAAAGCAGAGUAGAAGAGCAGAAGAACUGGUGCUGAAAACAGCAGAGAAUUUCCUGGUAGGAUCCACCAGUACUGAUGGUGCUUCUGCUGUACCCACUUAUCAUAUUUACUAGUAUUUAUCUGAAGUCUGCACACACAUGUGACUGUUCCAGUCCUGAUAUGCUGCAAUUCAUUGGAGCACACGGAA